CGCUGCAACGCCGUUAUUUCAGACGAUUCCUCCGUAUUUCCAUGACCUCUCGUCUUCGUCCUCUUUCUCUCUCCUCAGACCUAAUAGCAUCUCCCAGCUUCUCGCGACCUUCCACAACAAUGGCGGCCCGGGCGGUGCUUGCGUCCUCUCUCCGGCGAUUGUCUUCUCCUACUCCAUCGGCGAAGCUGAUACCCCGGCGUGGUCUCGCCGGUGGCGGAGAUCAUCAUGGACCCCCGAAGGUUAAUAUUUGGGAAGAUCCACUAAGCCCAUCUAAAUGGAAGGAAGAACAUUUUGUAUUGGCGAGUUUAGGUGGUUGGUUUUUGCUAGGCUAUGGUGGAUAUAAGCUUUUUGGUGGAAAGAAAGAAAAGAAGGAAGAGGUCGUUGCAGCAUCAGCGCAUUAGACUUGAUACUGUUGCAAAAUUAUGUCUUUGGGAAUAAGUAAAAUGUGUUUUGGUUCAUCAAGUUCUGGGUGAUAUAUUCCAGAAUAUGGGCCAUGGAUAUUGAGAACUUUUCUAUUUUAUGCCAAAGAAUUUUUUGUUGUAUGGGAAUUCUUUUAUGCUGUGUCAGUUUUCUCGGAUCAAAUUGCUAUUUAGAGAAUAUCCGUGAAAAGUUAUAAUAUGAUUUUCAUGGUUUCACAAAA